GGCGGCGCGCGCGGCUCUCUCGGCGUCGCGGGGCGGCGGGCACGCGCGCACUCGGCCUCGCGGACCGCGUCUCCGCGCAGAAUUUCCGAGCUCCGUCACUUGCGGUCGCGGUCGCCGCAGGUAAGCCCGCGGCUUGGGCCUGACGGCGCUGCGGCUGCGACGCCGGGGUGAGGAGACGCCGAGGCCCGCGGCGCUCGAGGUCGCUCGCCAUUCGCGUCUGCGGAGAGAGUAAACUGACCUAAAAAACAUGGCUACUGCAAUUAGGGAUGUGGGAGUUUGGAGACAGACCAGAACACUUCUACUGAAAAAUUACCUAAUUAAAUGCAGGACUAAAAAAAGUAGUGUUCAGGAAAUUCUUUUUCCUCUAUUUUUCUUAUUUUGGCUGAUAUUAAUUAGCAUGAUGCAUCCAAAUAAGAAAUAUGAAGAAGUUUCUGAUAUAGAGCUCAACCCUAUGGACAAAUUCAGCCUUUCCAACCUUAUUCUUGGCUAUACUCCAGUGACUAAUAUUACAAGCAGCAUUAUGCAGAGAGUAUCUACCGAUCAUCUUCCCAAGGUUAUAAUUACUGAAGAAUACGCAAAUGAGAAGGAAAUGGUAGCAUCCAGUCUUUCUAAGAACAGCAGCUUCGUAGGUGUGGUUUUCAAAGACUCCAUGUCCUAUGAACUUCGUUUUUUUCCUGAUAAGAUUCCAGUAUCUUCUAUUUAUAUGAAUUCAAGAGCAGACUGUUCAAAGUUAUGUGAUGCUGCUCAGUACUGGUCUUCAGGGUUUACAGUUCUGCAGGCGUCAAUAGAUGCUGCCAUUAUACAGUUGAAGACCAACGUUUCUGUGUGGAGGGAGCUGGAGUCAACCAAAGCUGUCAUCAUGGGAGAGGCUGCUGUUGUGGAGAUUGACACCUUCCCCCGAGUGGUCAUCCUCAUCUACCUUGUCGUAGCCUUCUCACCCUUCGGGUACUUCCUGGCAAUUCACAUUGUAGCAGAAAAAGAAAAAAAGUUAAAGGAAUUUUUAAAGAUAAUGGGACUUCAUGACACUGCUUUUUGGCUUUCCUGGGUUCUUCUGUACGCAAGCUUGAUUUUCCUUAUGUCCCUUCUUAUGGCCGUCAUCGCAACAGCCUCUUCAUUAUUCCCUCAGAGUAGCAGCAUUGUGAUUUUUCUAUUGUUCUUCUUAUAUGGAUUGUCAUCUGUGUUUUUUGCUUUAAUGCUGACGCCUCUUUUUAAAAAAUCAAAACACGUGGGAGUCGUUGAGUUUUUUGUCACCGUGGUGUUUGGAUUUGUCGGCUUGUUGAUUGUCCUCAUAGAAAGUUUCCCCAGGUCGCUGGUGUGGCUCUUCAGUCCUUUGUGUCAGUGCGCCUUUCUGAUUGGGAUUGCACAGGUCAUGCAUUUAGAAGAUUUUAAUGAGGGUGCCUUAUUUUCUAAUUUGACUGAAGGUCCCUAUCCUCUAAUUAUUACUAUAAUCAUGCUAGCUCUUGACAGUGUGUUCUAUGUCCUCCUGGCUGCGUAUCUUGACCAAGUCAUUCCAGGGGAAUUUGGCUUGAGGAGGUCAUCUUUGUACUUUUUAAAGCCAUCGUAUUGGUCAAAAAACAAAAGAAACUAUAAGGAGCUAUCAGAGGGCAACAUUAAUGGCAAUAUUAGUCUCAACGAAAUUGUUGAGCCCGUUUCUUCAGAAUUUAUAGGAAAAGAAGCUAUAAGAAUAAGUGGUAUUCAGAAAGCCUAUAGAAAGAAAACUGAGAACGUGGAGGCUUUGAGAAAUUUAUCAUUUGACAUAUAUGAAGGUCAGAUUACUGCACUGCUGGGCCACAGUGGAACAGGAAAAAGCACACUGAUGAAUAUUCUGUGUGGUCUAUGCCCACCUUCUGAUGGGUUUGCUUCUAUAUAUGGACACAGAGUCUCUGAAAUAGAUGAAAUGUUUGAAGCAAGAAAAAUGAUUGGCAUAUGUCCACAGUCAGAUAUAAACUUUGAUGUUCUGACAGUAGAAGAAAAUUUAUCAAUUUUGGCUUCAAUCAAAGGAAUACCAGCCAACAAUAUAAUUCAAGAAGUGCAGAAAGUGUUACUGGAUUUGGACAUGCAAGCCAUCAAAGAUAAUCAAGCGAAAAAAUUAAGCGGUGGCCAAAAACGGAAGCUGUCUUUAGGAAUUGCAGUUCUUGGGAAUCCAAAGAUACUCCUGCUAGAUGAGCCUACAGCAGGGAUGGACCCCUGCUCACGCCACAUUGUUUGGAAUCUUCUCAAGUAUAGAAAGGCUAACAAAGUGACCGUGUUUAGUACUCACUUCAUGGAUGAGGCUGACAUUCUUGCCGACAGGAAAGCUGUCAUUUCACAAGGAAUGCUGAAGUGUGUUGGGUCUUCAAUUUUCCUAAAAAGUAAAUGGGGAAUCGGCUACCGCCUGAGCAUGUAUAUAGACAGAUACUGUGCCACAGAGUCGCUGUCGUCGCUGGUUAGGCAGCACAUACCCGCAGCCUCCCUGCUGCAGCAGAAUGACCAGCAGCUCGUGUAUAGCCUGCCUUUCAAAGACAUGGACAAAUUUGCAGGCUUGUUUUCUGCUCUAGACAUUCAUUCAAACCUGGGUGUUAUUUCUUAUGGUGUUUCCAUGACAACAUUGGAAGAUGUAUUCUUAAAGCUAGAAGUUGAAGCAGAAAUUGACCAAGCAGAUUAUAGUGUAUUUACACAGCAGCCGCAGGAGGAAGAAACAGAUUCAAAAUCUUUUGAUGAAAUGGAACAGAGCUUACUUAUUCUUUCUGAAACGAAAGCUUCUUUAGUGAGCACCAUGAGCCUUUGGAAGCAGCAAGUGUCUACAAUAGCAAAGUUUCAUUUCCUCUCAUUGAAACGAGAAAGCAAAUCAGUGCGUUCUGUGUUGCUUCUGCUUUUAAUUUUUUUUGCAGUUCAGAUUUUUAUGUUUUUGGUCCAUCAUUUUUUUAAAAAUGCUGUGGUCCCCAUCAAACUCGUUCCAGACUUGUAUUUCCUAAAGCCUGGAGAUAAACCUCAUAAAUACAAAACAAGCCUGCUGCUUCAAAAUUCUACUGACUCAGAUAUCAAUGAUCUUAUUGAGUUUUUCGCACAUCAGAACAUAAUGGUGGCCAUGUUUAAUGACAGUGACUAUGUGUCUGCUGCUCCUCACAGUGCGGCUCUCAAUGUGCUGCGUUCAGAAAAGGACUAUGUUUUUUCUGCUGUUUUCAACAGUACUAUGGUUUAUUCUUUACCAGUAAUGAUGAACAUCAUUAGUAACUACUACCUUUAUCAUUUAAAUGUGACUGAAGCUAUCCAGAUCUGGAGUACCCCAUUCACUCAAGAAAUUACUGACAUUGUUUUUAAAGUUGAGCUAUAUUUUCAAGCAGCUUUGCUUGGAAUCAUUGUUACUGCAAUGCCACCUUACUUUGCCAUGGAAAAUGCAGAGAAUCAUAAGAUCAAAGCUUAUACUCAACUUAAACUUUCGGGUCUUUUGCCAUCAGCCUAUUGGGUUGGACAAGCUGUUGUGGAUAUUCCCUUGUUUUUUGUUGUUCUGAUUUUGAUGCUGGGAAGUUUAUUUGCAUUUCAUCACGGACUGUAUUUUAAUCCUGUAAAAUUUCUUGCUGUGGUAUUUUGCCUCAUUGGUUAUGUUCCCUCGGUCAUUCUGUUCACGUACAUAGCUUCGUUCACCUUCAAGAAAAUUUUAAAUACCAAGGAAUUUUGGUCAUUUAUCUAUUCUGUGACUGCAUUGGUUUGUGUCGCAGUCACGGAAAUUACUUUCUUUCUGGAAUAUGCAGUUACAGCUGUUUUUCAUUACACCUUCUGUGUAGCCAUCCCAAUCUACCCACUCCUGGGUUGUCUGAUUUCUUUCAUAAAGGGUUCUUGGAAGAAUAUACCAAAAAAUGAGAAUACCUACAAUCCAUGGGAUAGACUUUUAGUUGCUGCAAUCAUGCCCUACCUGCAGUGUGUACUGUGGAUUUUCCUCUUACAACACUAUGAGAAAAAACACGGAGGCAGAUCUAUAAGAAAGGAUCCAUUUUUCAGGGCCCUCUCAAAAAAGGCCAAAAAUAAGAAGUUUCCAGAACCACCCAUCAAUGAGGAUGAAGAUGAAGAUGUCAAAGCUGAAAGACUAAAGGUUAAAGAGCUGAUGGGUUGCCAGUGUUGUGAGGAGAAGCCAGCCAUUAUGGUAUGCAAUUUGCAUAAAGAGUAUGAUGACAAGAAAGAUUUUCUUCAUUCAAGAAAAACAACAAAAGUAGCAACAAAAUACAUCUCUUUCUGUGUGAAAAAAGGAGAGAUCUUGGGACUGUUGGGUCCAAAUGGUGCUGGCAAAAGCACAAUUAUUAAUAUUCUGGUUGGGGAUGUUGAACCAACUUCAGGCAAGAUUUUUCUAGGAGAUUACGGUUCACAUUCAAGUGAAGAUGAUGAAUCCAUUAAGUGUAUGGGUUACUGCCCUCAGACAAACCCACUGUGGCCAGAUAUCACUCUGCAGGAACAUUUAGAAAUUUACGGAGCUGUGAAAGGAAUGAGUCCAGGUGACAUGAAGGAAGUAAUAAGUCGAAUAACAAAAGCCCUUGAUUUGAAAGAACAUCUUCAGAAAACCAUAAAGAAAUUACCUGCUGGGAUCAAGCGAAAGCUGUGUUUUGCUCUCAGUAUGCUGGGGAAUCCUCAGGUGACGCUGCUGGAUGAGCCAUCCACAGGUAUGGACCCCAGAGCCAAACAGCACAUGUGGAGAGCUAUUCGAACUGCAUUUAAAAACAAAAAGCGGGCGGCCCUCCUGACUACUCAUUACAUGGAAGAGGCAGAGGCUAUCUGUGACAGAGUGGCCAUCAUGGUGUCUGGGCAGCUAAGAUGUAUUGGAACAGUACAACAUCUAAAGAGUAAGUUUGGUAAAGGCUACUUUUUGGAAAUUAAAUUAAAGGACUGGAUAGAAAACCUGGAAAUAGAUCGCCUUCAAAGAGAAAUUCAAUAUAUUUUCCCAAAUGCAAGCCGCCAAGAAAGCUUUUCUUCUAUUUUGGCUUUUAAAAUUCCAAAAGAAGAUGUUCAGUCUCUCUCACAAUCCUUUGCUAAGUUGGAAGAAGCUAAACACACUUUUGCCAUUGAAGAAUACAGCUUUUCUCAAGCAACCCUGGAACAGGUUUUUGUAGAACUGACUAAAGAACAAGAGGAGGAAGAUAACAGCUGUGGGACUCUGGCCAGCACUCUCUGGUGGGAAAGGACGCAGGACAGAGUAGUGUUUUGAAUGUUUAUGCUCACUCAGCCUACUGACCCGGAAUUGAUUUAUUCUUUUUUAUUCUAUUUUUUCUUCUUUUAUCUUAACUUUGAUUUUUAAAAGCUUAUUACUUGAAUAGUUAUUAAAAAAAUAUGAAAGCACUUGGAAAUUUCCUAAAGUCCUUAAUUUAAAUACCAUGGUUAUGUGUUUGGGUUUUCUUUAAAUAAAUUUGCAUAUAAUUGUCCAUGUGCAUGUUUGUAUCUGAAGUAUGUUGAAGGUAGUCUAUAUGCCAUCCUUUUCAUGUUUCACAAAAACAAUAUUUUUCAACUUAGGAUUUAAAGAAAUAAUAAAAGAAUAAUUCUGAAUAAUAUUUAAAUUUUAUACUAUGUUACAUAAUUAUGUAAUUUCCCAGUGCUAAUUAGAAAGACCAAUACCUGACUAAUAACAUAGAAAAGAGACAUAAAGCAAUGCAGAAACUGGCUUUUCCUUUAAUAUUUCUAAAAGAAGCUCUUAGUGGAAGUUGGCCUGUGUAAAUGUGGAACAGUUGAGAAGUGACGUCCACUAGGUGGCAGUCAUUGGUCACAGGAAAUAAACAGAAGCCAUAGUAAGUGAUUGUAGAUAUAGGCAAUUAAAUGUUUCGGGCUGCAUGUCUUUUGUCUACAUUAAAAUUCAAAUGUGUUUGGUGAUCGUUACUCAAAGAAAGACUAUGACUAGAGUCUUAGUAUGUAAUCGUCCAAGUCUCUGAAACUACAAUGACAGCUGUUUGUCAAGGUAAGACAGUUAAUCCCUACUUCCCUCAUCAAACACCCGACUGAGCUGUGAAAGCAUUGUUGCCUUUCUUCAUAUAGGGCACACUUAAGUUUAUUCUUGCAUGAGAAAUUUAAUGGAUAACCAUUUUUAUUACUAAAUUUGAUUCCUUGAUUCUCUUGAGUUUUAAGUAGGUCAGCUUAUAUAUUCCUUUAAAAUGUCACCUCAGAACAUGGUAGAAUAUAGGAACUCUUUCAAGGGUUAAAUUAAGAAAUAAAAAUUAGAGUUUCACUCUUGUGACAGAGUUGAAAUAUGAUAAUUAAUCUUAGAAAUACUUGAUUUUAUGACUCAUAUGGACAGGUUUACAAGUAUAUGGUGUAGUUGAUACUGUAUUUCAGUCUUGUAUAUGUGUUAGCUUUGUAAAAACAUAUAUUGUGGUAUGACUUUUGCAUUAGAGACGUAAAGAACAAUAGCAAGAACAGAAGGGCUUGCGACCAACUUUCAAUGGUCAAGCUUUCAAUGAAGUUAUUAAUUAUUUAAUGUUGGGAAGAUUUAAUGAACUUUUAGUCCUGUUGGGUAGUAAAAUGUGUGACUUUAGGCACUAGUGACUAAUUCAAGUUUUCCUUUCUCAGUACAAGGUGGUACAUGACUGACAAUUUUCUCUAUUGCUUUGACAAUUUCUUUCCACCUUCCGAAAGAUAUUUGUUUUGUCUCGUAUCUCAGAGGUACUCUAAUAGAGCCAUCCUACAAGUCUGCUUGGAUUUUAUGACAUGCCCCUCCCCCCAAGUUCUUCUUGUAAGAUUUCAUUGGCAGUAACUUGCCUCCUGAUACCAAAUUAUAAUUUUGCAUCCUUUAAGGAUCUUACAUUUAAUUAAUCAUUUAAUUAAUGAUUACUGCAUGACCAAUAUAGUCAAGAUGUAUUUAAGAGGAAAUCUUUAUUUUUGCUGAUAAAUUAUAAAUAGCACAUUGUAUUUUUUCAGCAAGUCAUUGUUGAAUGGUGCCGUAAACUUGAAGAGCUAUCUUUUAGAAUUUAAGUACCUUGGGCCUUUUUUUGGGGGAUGUGAUUUUUGUAACUCUGUAACCUAGAACACAUACCCUUAAAAACAGACAAACAAGCUGCAUUUAUAGUUUACUAGGAUGGUUACUGAAAAGGGUAGGUUUCAUUUGUGUCUUAAAAACGUUUGGCCAUUCUAAGACAGAACUGUCUCAGAGAUAGUGAACAUUGGCCAUGCUGCCUUCCUUCUCAUGUAGACUUGCUCACUGUCUAUUAGCACUGCUCAGUGUGUGCUCAGUGUAAAGUAUAAUUUUCCUAGGGAAUGAAAGUUGAGACUGCACUGUCUAGUCUUAUAUGAUGUGUGUUUAUUCAUAUUACAGUGGAUAGUUAGAUUUUACACAUGGAUUUAUUUUAAACUAUCUUAAAAUAUUGCUUUCAGAACUUUGUUUCUUUUCAAUACAGGUAAAGAAAUAAGUGUAUUUGUUAGCAACACAUGAAAACAAACUGCAGCGUCACCUUCCUGCCUUAUAUUUUCCAUCUGUGGCCAAACAGUAAGAGUAGAACAAAGGCAGACUCUGUGGAGUUGAAGGCAGUGCUGUCUGCAGCAGAGGGGCCGGUCAGGUGGUGGCAGUGGGAAGCAUUCUGCCGGGUAUACCUUCUGUGGCAUCUUCCCCUCCUACCAUGCUGUUUUUAGGAAAAAGCAGUGUUGUUUUUUUUCAAAACUUAAUUUGUCAAAGAUUAUUUUUAGCCAGUUUUGGUUUUCUCUGUUAAAACAUUUCUCGAUACUUUAAGCACACCUUCCAGUGAGUGUGUUUCCAGAAUGGGCUCUUUGGGUAGAAGGACGAACUGUUUGGCUCUGUAAGAUCUUACAUUUUAUUAAGACAAGGAUAGAUACUUAUAACCAGUUAUGAUAUGACAGCGCUUUGCUACUAGUCUUAAGAAUAUCUUACAGGAAAAUGAAUAGCACAGUUAAUUUUACUAGGGUGAGUGUUGUUUUCCAUACUCUUUGUUGGCCACUCAGUGUCUCAUUCUGAUCGUGUGUUUUACAUUUGUUACAAUGCCAUCUUACAUUUUCAGGUAGCAUUCAAAAUGCAGAACUUUUUUUUUUAAAUAGCAAAUGCUUUUUCUUAAUGUAUUUUUGAUGUUGUUAACAUUGAGUUUUCAUCUUUCCCCUUGAAAUAGCAUAUUACAUAAAGUGAAAGAAUUUAUUCUCAGGUGAAUUAUUUUUGUAUCAGCUAUUCUUAUAAGGUAAAAAUUUACUUGUUUUCUAUUCAUAAUGUGUUAUAUGUACAAUUCUCAAUGCUGCCCUUUAAGAAAAAUGAAUGUGCUUAUAUUAUUAAUAAUAAACUUUAAGAGCUAAAAAUCUA